GAUUUAAUCGUCUCAGAAAUUAUUUUAUCAACCAUUCCGAUCUUGCGUUUCAUCGUUCCGCAGAUCUAUUGGUCAAUACUCCGUGUUUCAUAGUGCAUAACUGUUGCGACUGCCAAGCUGCUCGGACCUUAGAGGCUCGGACGUAUCUGCAAGCUACCUACAAAAUCGAAAUUCAUCCUGCUGUAUCACUUUAAUAAUCCGUAGAAGAGGCGAAAAUAAUUUUAAAAUGGCUGAAGAACCUGAAGCUCCUGAAGCGACGUUUACGUUGGACUUUGAAUUCGAUGAGUUGGUGGACCAAGACAAGACUCUAGAGAUAGAAGGCUUUGUUUGUUUUGUUGAGACUCCAGGUGAAGUUGGAGAAAAAAAAUAUCAUCUAUUUAAAUUCGGUAUAAGUAAUGGUACAAAAAAAAUUAUGUGUCUUGUGUGGGGCAAGGAAUUGAUUGCAAAGUUGCAGCCUGACAUCGUUAUCAACAAGAUCAUCAACAUCGAUGGAGCCCACUGCAAAUUAUCUAAGUACCCUAAGAAGCUGAAAGAUAAUGGAUAUUUGGUGUUUGAAGUAAUCAUACAGCCCACAACGAAGAUGACGUAUAAAGGAUUGUAUGCUGCAGCUGCAAAUAUACCACCACAUGUACCGACAAGAGAAGUUAAUUUUGAAACUAUCGCUAAUACAGAAGGAAAGAUAGCUAUUGAUGGGUAUAUCAAAACGGAUUUCACAUCUAUCCCCAGUCAAUAUCACGAUGCAACAUACGGUUGUGAGUCCAUAACUGAUGGAACUUACAAAAUCACUGUCAACAUCACUAACUUCCAGCCUAAUGAGAAUUUCAGAGUAACUGGAGAAGUUAACAACAAUAAUGAUGCACCAAUCACUAUUACUUGCAGAAAUAUAAGCAUGAUAGCACGGCGAGAAGAUGUUGAAGAUAUGCCACAUCUUCAGUUGAGGCGCGGAGUCAGGACAUUUAAAAGAAGAGUUGAAGAAUAACUCUUAGAAAGGUUUAAGAUUGAACGUGUAAAUUUUUACCCUUUUUUUCAAUUUCGUUUGAUAU